GAUGAAAGUGAAAGAAAGCAGCACUUCCGGGUUUGAGCAGGAAAAAGCGCUGACACACUGCCGGACUUCAUCUCCCUCCCGGUUCCUCUGGUUCUUUAAUACUUUUCCAUCCAGCUGCUGCAGAGAUGCUGAGCUCAAGCUCGCAGUUUGAGGCUCAGAGUGGAGGCUUCUGCUUUGAGAACACACGCAGAAACACGGUGUUGGAGGCCGGUCUGUCGGAGAAGGGCUACAGUGCUCCCAAAGCCCGGAAGACCGGCACCACCAUCGGAGGGAUCAUAUUCAAGGAUGGAGUGAUCCUCGGUGCUGACACUCGGGCCACAGACGACAUGGUCGUUGCUGAUAAAAACUGCAUGAAGAUCCACUACAUCGCACCCAAAAUAUACUGUUGCGGAGCAGGCGUCGCAGCGGAUGCUGACAUCACCACCCAGAUGAUGUCAUCGAACAUCGAGCUGCACUCUCUCAGCACAGGACGUCCUCCUCUGGUCGCCACGGUGACACGGCAGCUCAAACAGUUGCUGUUCAGGUAUCAGGGACACAUCGGCUCGUCUAUCAUCGUCGGAGGAGUGGACGUUGACGGCUUCCAGCUCUUCAGCGUCUACCCUCACGGCUCCUAUGAUAAACUCCCGUUUGCCGCCAUGGGUUCUGGAGCAGCUGCUGCCAUCUCGGUGUUUGAAGACCGAUACAAACCCAACAUGGAGCUGGAGGACGGGAAGCAGCUGGUGCGUGACGCCAUCGCCGCGGGGAUCUUCUGCGAUCUGGGCUCUGGGAGCAACAUUGAUCUGUGCGUGAUUACGGAGAAAGGCGUAGACUAUCUGCGCAGCUAUGAGCAGCCUGUACAGAAGGGACAGAAAGAAGGCAAGUACCGCUACAAGCAAGGAACAACACCAGUGCUGACCAAGACGGUCACACCCCUCACUCUGGACGUCGUGGAAGAAUCAGUUCAGAUGAUGGACAGCCAGUGAAGCUUCAACACAUGCUGUUUUGCUGCUUUCUUUUUUUUAGAGGAAUUAAAUCUAUGCAUUAAAGCAUGACAUGAAAA